AUGGCCAGGUCCUUCAGAUUUAAGGAAUUUGUCCUGUUUCUGUCCAGUAUCAGGGGCGAUAUCGCCAAUGUGACAGCGCCUCCCUUCUUUCUCGCACCACAGUCCUUCCUAGAAGGCCUCAAGUGCUUUACAGAGCGUCCGGCAUUGUUUUCGGCCCCUGCCCUAGAGACUGACCCGGAUAAGCGAGCAAUGCUAGUGGUGAAAUGGUGGCUUUCCUCUCUGAAGGCCGCGUUCUACGUUGGACAGAACGACAAAGCUGGAAUACGCAAGCCAUUGAACCCAUUCCUCGGGGAACUCUGGUUUGGAGACUGGCAGGACGAGACUAACAAGACUAGCAUGAUAGUCGAACAAGUUAGUCAUCAUCCUCCCAUCACCGCUUGCUACAUGUGGGAUGAGGAGAACGGGAUUCGGGGCGAAGGUUACACACGGGUUGAGAUGACAUUCUCCGGCUUUCUCAAUGUCAAACAGACGGGCCACGCAAUCCUGCACAUAGACAGGUACAACGAGAACCAUUUGCUACCGUUACCGAGUUUCCAGGUGAGAGGAUUCAUGGGAGGACACCUGUACCCGGAAAUCACAGCAACCUAUCAUGUUGUGUCGAGCUCUGGAUUCACGACCGAGGUCCAAUUUCUGGGCAGAGGGCUUUUCUCCGGAGUCAGAAAUAGCUUUCGCGCCCAGAUGUAUCGAACCGACGACAAGGCCCGAACAGCGGUUUACAAAUUCGAAGGUCAGUGGAACGACAAAUUUGAAAUAUGUCACGUUCCGACGGGAUCUUUGGAAAUGCAUACCGUGGAUUCGUCGCCCUCAGCGACCACUUUGGGCAAAGACCUCUCGGACCAGGACCCCUGGGAAAGUAGGAAAGCAUGGGCCAAAGUACACGAAGCGCUGCAGCAAGGCGACAUGCAGGCAACCAUCAAAGAAAAGUCGAAGCUGGAGCAGGCGCAGCGGGAUAUGCGGAAGAAAGAAAAGGCGGAGGCCAGAGGUUGGGAUGCUCUCUUCUUCUCACAGAUGGAAGACCAAUAUACCCUAUUCCACGACCUGACCUCCAACGUCCAUUGGCCCCUGCAGCCAGAACGGACCAAGGGAGUGUGGAAAUUCGACCACGAGAAGGCAAGAGAAGCGUCGAGCCCCUAUCGCAACGGGCUGACUCCUCUGGGUUGA